AUGAACAUGCACGGCGACUUCAGAUGGGUCGAGCCUACACUCGACGGUCUGGUAUGUGUAAGCGAUACCUCCGAGGUAGGACGGGUGUACGAGGUCGAUAUCUCGUACCCCAAAGAUCUGCACGAGUUACAUAACGAUCUUCCGUUCCUGCCUGAGAACAGUGUCCUGCCAGGCUCGAAAUUAUCGAAGCUGAUGGCCACCCUGGGGUCUCGGAAGAACUACGUGGUACAUUACCUAAACUUAAAACAGGCCGUGGCUAACAAACUGAAAGUGAACAAGGUACACAGAGUGUUCGAGUUUCGGCAAUCGGCCUGGUUGGCUCAGUAUAUAAAUUUAAACACGGGAAUGCGUCAGAAGGCUGUGAAUGAUUUUGAAAAAGAUUUCUAUAAGCUGAUGAACAACAGCGUUUUCGGUAAAACAAUGGAAUCCGUUCGUAAACGUAUGCACAUGGAGCUAGUGUCAAGCGAUACACGGGUGCAAAAAUUAAUCAAUAAGACGACGUGUAAAGAUUGUAAAUAUUACGGGGAUAAUUUGGUGGCAAUCACGCUGGAAAAUAAAAUAAUAAAAUUCGACAAGCUCAUAUACAUCGAGUGUUUGCGGUAUUGGAAGUCAGCAAGUCAUUAA